AUGUUUCCGUCGGCCACCUUUGCGACGACACCGGGUGCCGAAGGUUCGCCACCAUUCGUGCGUAAGUUUCGCCCGGAGAUUGAUCUGCACCUGAACGUUAGUCCCGAACCGAUGUCCGAUGGGUACGAGGGUUACGCGGAACUAUCGUCACAAUCGUCCACAUCCGCAACGAUCCCAAGGCGCGCUGGAUCACCCUCGACAUCCGUUUGUGCGCUCGGUUUUCUACCGAUCGAUUCCGUGUCGAAGGGUUAUGUGGCGGAGGAGGUGUGUCUGAAGGUGGCCCACCAUUCCACGCUCGGUGCAUCGGCGAACCCGCGCACGACAAUGAUACGAAAAUCGUCUUCCACGGGACUGCUAACGACGAACGAAUCGGCCACGGCAUUGAAAAGCUCCAACUGGAUCCGCUCGAUCCGGUUGGCGAGUGAUGUGCGAAGCUUCAACGCACUGCUAGAGCUCACCGCGACCCACCUGCUGCGCGUAAGACUCACCGGGGAUGUCAACAAUGGUGAGGAGUUGAAGCUUUGGUUCUCCGAGGACGUGAUAGCACACAUGCAAAUACCUUUCCUUACGCCGAUUAACAUUCAAAGACAAAAUUGUUACGUUUGCCACCUGUGCCAGAAGUCGUACGAAUACCCCAACCCGCUUAAAAUCCAUCUGGCCACCAGCUGUAAUCGCGAACCGAUUUCGAUCCUUUGGCACCGUUUACAUCAGGCGCUUGCGACCCGUUACGGUGGUCCUUUCAGUCCGUUGUACGACUUCCAGCCGUGGCGAAAUUCCGCUUUUCGCCCCGUACUUAAUGCACACGUCGUCAAGAUGGAUCACAUUUCCCCUCCCUCGCCACACCGCCACCGGCUUCAUCAUCCACCGUCGGCCGAACCGGUGCCGGCGGAUGAACCGACCGGUGCGCAUCUGGUCACUGCCGCCCACCUGGAAACGAUCGUCAGCAAUAUGGGAUCCUCGAAGCAAGGGCACGUGUGCAUCUACUGUGGCAAGUUGUACUCGCGCAAGUACGGGUUGAAGAUUCACAUACGAACGCAUACCGGAUUUAAGCCGCUCAAGUGUCAGUACUGUCUGCGACCGUUCGGCGAUCCGAGCAAUCUGAACAAACACAUUCGGCUGCAUCGGCAGCACGAUGGUUCGCUGUAUGAGUGUAAUUUGUGCGGCAAAAAGCUGGCCCGUCGAAGGGAUUUACAGCGACAUCUACAGGCGCGGCAUAACAGCACGCAGAUCAUUGACCAGUCGACCACGUCGGAGGAUGACGAUGAUGAUGAGGGGGAAGACGAUGGGGAAGCGGGACAACGCAGGAGUACUAGCAGCGGACGCCGAGAAGCUGAUAGUUGA